GUGCGCGCUCCCGGUCCCCGCGGCUCAAUGGCGGCCGUGAGGAAGGGGCUCCUUCGGGCCGUCUGCGCCUUCUUGAGACGGCGAGGCCCAGUCGCCACUAACAUUAAGAGAUGCCAUUUCUCAGAAUUAGCGAGGCCGUGGCCCAGCGCCGUGACAGUGGGCUUUGGUUUGACUCUGUGUGCGGUUCCUAUUGCACAGAAAUUUGAACCCCAUUCUCUUAGUAAUGAAGCUCUGACGAGGAGGGCAGUUUCUUUGGUAACAGACAGCACGUCCAUCUUUCUCUCCCAAACCACGUAUGCACUGAUUGAAGCGAUUACAGAGUACACAAAGGCAGUGUACACGUUGGUGUCUCUGUACCGGAAGUACACGAGUCUCCUUGGGAAAAUGAGUUCACAGGAAGAAGAUGCUGUGUGGCAAGUAAUCAUAGGAGCAAGAGUUGAGGUGACCACAAGGCAGGAGGAAUUCUUAAAGCUGGAAAGCAGUUGGAUGACCGCGGUCAGUCUCUCAGAGAUGGCAGCGGAGGCUGCGUACCAGACAGGAGCGGAUCAGGCGUCUGUGACAGCUCGCAGUCACAUUCAGCUGGUGAAGACUCAGGUGCAGGAGGUGCGCCAGCUCUCCCAGAACGCAGAGACUAAGUUGGCCGAGGCACAGACAGAAGAACUACGCUCUCGGAGACCCGAGGAGACGCCAGAGGCACCACGCAGCCUCAGACCCUCCCCGCUCCUGGAGCAUGAACAGGAAGCUUAUAUGCGGGAAGAUUGAGGGGGCAUUGGCACCCUCCUGUGUGUUAACUCCAGGAAGCCAGCGUGGUUGAAAGCCAGCUGGAGCAAGCGGUGUUGGAAUUCACUUGCCCCGUUCCUUAAAGUAGGAAAAUGUGAGGGUAGCAGGUCCUGACACCGAAGAACACAGACUAUGCAAAUUAAGCCCCUCCUCAGAAGAGGUCAGGCUUGGGCCACUGAAGGCCAGGGCUAAGUCUUGAAUCAUUGAUUUACAUUUCACUUGUCAGUCCACAAACUCGCACACAGGCCCUUCAGCCCCGGUCAACAUUGAACAGACAUGGGGCAAGUUUGGGCCCUGUGCCUGACCGGUAGUGGAGAGGAGAGAGCUGGUGCUAGCCUCACUUUCCUGCCUCUUUCUGAGCUUUAUACUUGUGACUCACCUGGCAUUUUCUUUCAUUUCUAGGAAGUGGGCUUUAAACUUAUGAAAUGUACAGUGUGAGGUUUUAAAAAAUACAUGAUGAUAACCUCUUG